AUGAGUCCGGACCCUCACGCUGCUGAUCGCAAGGCUCAGAAGCAGCGUGAAAAAAUGAUGAACGCCGAGAGACUAAAAUACCAAAAGAAACAAAGCGAAUACUUCCCUCUCACUGACAGUUUCAUCGUUCCCAAGAGUCGUGUUGCUCGCGCUUUGGAUACUUGUGUCAGCAAUCUCAAGAAUUCAGGGAAGCAGCUCAAACUCAGAAGGUCUCGCUCCUUCGAGUCUGAGAACAGAAUCCCGUCUUGCGGCUUUACGCAUCCUGCAUCUGAUCUACCUACAGUGCCAAAAGCAUCCCCAAAGGGAAGUUCUUUCAGAAGGAAGUUCAGCAGAACGAUGACUGGUGAAUCUGUCAAGAAAGUCAGCAGCAUGGACAGAAAGAGCUGGCAAACCCAGUCCUCUUCCGCGACCAGUGGAGGAAAGACUCGCUCUGUCCGCUCUGCCUCGGUUACGGCGACUGAUAAAGAUCAGGCUGGAGGAGAUACCGCAGCACAUCUUGUAGGAGACCUCGGGGAGCUCAAGAUUUCUGAGGGCCUGAAGAGAGAGAGAAAGCCUGCUGCUAUCAAUACCGCGCAGCCAAAGGUCGUCAAGUGUCUCAGAUCUCCUGGUGACUAUGUGUUCCUUGAUAUCGAAACCCCCGGAGAGAAGAGCAACGCAAACAGCGUCUCCAGCCCUGGUCUUUCCCCCAAGGCCAAGAGUACCGAACUCGGAUCUGGCGAGGACGAACCCAAUGAGGACGAAUCUGGCGAAGCUUUGAACCAGGACCCAAGAAACAUUGUCGAAAAAAGACUCGAAGCAAUCCGCCACAUCGUGGAGAACAUAUUCCAGGGACAGUCGGACGAGGAUACCAAGUCUGGAAAGGCUCCGCAGAAUGCUAAAAAGUGGGACACAAAGAACACAAAGUGCAUCAAGUGCUUCGGAGACUGCCCAGUUUGCAGCAAAGCAUGCUGCAUCUUCGACGUUGCUCGCCGCACCGCUGCCCAGGCCGACUCCAACCACGAACAUGCUGAAGCCGCAAACCAGAUUUUAAAGCUGAUCCAGCGUCUGGGCAAUAGCGUCUUGGAGGCGAGUACUUACUCCCUGUGCACCACGCCCGGAGGUUGCGGACGGUAUGUCUGCCCCGACUGCUGGGGUAUCUGUCCGGUCGAGCUAUGCCACGAUGUCCAAUGCAAGUCUCACGAACAGCUCGCCGCAGCGACCGAUUCGACUUUACCACCCAACGCCAACCGACAAAACCUCGUCUCGACCGGCUGCGCAUCUCCAACAUUCAAGAUGCGUACCUACGACGAUUCUUUCAGCGGUCAGAAGAUCUACCCUGGAAAGGGUAAGCUGUACGUCCGUGGCGACAGCAAGAUCUUCCGCUUCCAGAAUGGAAAGUCCGAGUCCCUGUUCCUCCAGCGCAAGAACCCUCGCCGGAUAGCCUGGACUGUCCUCUACCGCCGUCAGCACAAGAAGGGUAUCUCUGAAGAAGUUGCCAAGAAGCGCACUCGCCGUGUCGUCAAGCACCAGCGUGCCAUCGUCGGUGCCUCCCUUGAUGUGAUCAAGGAGCGCCGCAGCAUGCGCCCUGAGGCUCGUGCCGCCGCCCGCCAGCAGGCUAUCAAGGAGGCCAAGGAGAAGAAGGCCGCUUCCGAGAGCCGCAAGAAGGCUGAGAAGGCCAAGAACGCCGCCACCGCCGCCAAGGGAACUGCUCAGCGCAUCCAGAGCAAGCAGGGUGCUAAGGGUUCUGCUCCCAAGGUCGCCGCCAAGUCUCGUUAA